AUGAUGGUGGAACGGUCACUCUUGCUAGUAUCGUUGUUGGUACUCUCGUCCGAAGCCUUUGUAGUACCUCCAUCCAAGACCUACAUCGCCCCCUCUGCCAUUCAUGCAUCCACAGAACAGCGAGCAGUGAAAGAAGAGGAAGUAGACGUCGUUGUGAUUGGAGCAGGGUUUGGUGGUCUCUCUUGUGGAGCCUUGACCUCGAAAUAUGGAUUCAAGACUGUUUGCUUAGAGGCACAUGAUACGCCGGGAGGUGUCGCGCACUCCUUCUCUCGAUACAGCUCCGCCUCCAAGGAAACCCCAUUCAGUUUUGAUUCUGGGCCAUCUUUGAUUACUGGGCUAUCUGCCAAGAGUACCAACCCUUUGAGACAAGUGCUGGAUGCGAUUGGGACUGCUGACGAAGUCGAUUGGAAGCAAUACGAUGGGUGGCUCGUUCAUGACUAUGCUGAUGGGAAGGCCUUAAAAAUGACAGCGGGCGACGGUGGAGAAUUUGAAAAAGCAAUUGAAGAAAAGGCUGGACCAAAGUCUCGUCGUGCGUUUGAAAAAUUCAAAGACGAAAUUCUAGGCAAAGGUGGAUUGGCUGAAGUAUCAGCAUACAUUCCUCCGUUUGCAUUGAGAGGCGGAGCAAAGGUGAUCUUGUCGAUCUUCCAAUACUUAUUCAAGAUGAUGACCAUUGGAACCAAAGGUCUCCUCUUGACUGGACCUUUUACUAGUACCAUGGAUUUGUAUGAUAUGAAAGAUCCAUUUCUUCGAAAAUGGUUUGACUACUUGGCAUUCGCGUUGUCCGGUGUCGACGCUUCCAACACGCAAGGCGCGCCUAUUGCCUACAUGAUGUCCGACUUGCACAAGCCAGGUGCUGUUUUGGAUUACCCAAUGGGCGGAAUGGAUGCCCUCAUUCAGGCCCUUGUGAAAGGAAUGGAAAACCAUGGUGGAGAAUUGCGCGUCAAUAGCCGAGUGGAAAAGCUUUUGCUGGACGAUUCCUCUGGAAAAGCAUGUUGUGUUGGUGUGGAGCUUUCGGAUGGAACCCGUAUCAAGGCCAAGCAUGGCGUCGUCAGCAACGCACCUCUAUGGAACUACUGUCGCAUCGUGAAGGAUUCUGUCAACCUCGAGGAUAAAGACAGCCCAUCAACCAAGGCGUAUUACUCCAUCAAGGAGCAGGCUGACGAAAUGAGCGCCACACGAAGUUUCAUGCACCUGCAUCUUGGAAUCCCGAAAGAUGGCCUUCCUGAAAUGGAGUGUCACCACUCUGUUCUCAACUUUGACCAUCCCGUUACAGACGAGCAAAACAUGUCCAUCAUUUCCAUUCCCACUGUAUUCGACGAGAGUCUUGCUCCCGAAGGUUACCACAUUGUUCAUGCUUAUACUGCCGCUAGUGACAACUUUGAUGAAUGGAUUCCCUUCCAAGAAGAAACCGGAAAAGUUGGUUCCAGUCCCAACUCUGGGACAUCUCAAGAAUAUGGGAGAAAGCAAGGGUACGAAGAGCUCAAAGCUCAAAAGGCAGAAGCACUGUGGAAGGCAGUAGAAUGUGUCAUUCCAGAUGUGAGAGAAAGAGCCAAACGUCCAGGCAGUGUUGUACUUAUUGGAACCCCCCUUACGCACAGAAGAUACAACCAACGGUACAAAGGAACCUAUGGUCCUGGAGUCAAUCCUGGUAAAGAAGUCUGGGAACUAGCAGGUGCAACGACUCCAUUCGAAAAGAUGUUUGCUUGUGGAGACACUUCCUUCCCAGGCAUUGGGUUACCUGGAGUUGCUGCAAGUGGCACAAUCGCUGCGAAUACGAUUGCCUCUGUACAGUCACAACUGCAAUUGAUAAAGGAACUCAAAGAAAUAGACGCUCUGCAAUAG